GUGGAGAAUGAGCAGCUCUGGGAGAAGACAGCAGUUGGCAGAGGGCUUCGUUUUCUCUUUUUGAAAAAUCUCCGAUGGCGUUUGUCACUCAGGAGCAGAUUUCUCAGUUCCACAGAGAUGGCUUCCUGGCUCUUGAAGGCUUUUUCACCUCGGAGGAAUGCGAUGCGAUGCAGGCCCAGAUCCAAAAGAUCAUUGCUGAAAUGGACGUGCCCCCACAUUGCCGCACCGAAUUCUCAACAAAGCAUGACGAGCAACUCCAAGCCCAGGGAAGUGCGGAAUAUUUCCUAACCAGUGGAGACAAAAUCAGGUUCUUCUUUGAAAAAGGUGUUUUUGACGAGAAAGGGGAUUUUCUGGUACCGAAGGACAAAUCUAUUAACAAAAUUGGCCAUGCAUUACAUGCCUCUGAUGUUGUCUUCAAGCAAGUGACUCACGCCUCCAAAGUACAGGCCCUGGCAAGGAAAAUUGGCCUUGAGAGCCCUGUGGUGGUACAGAGUAUGUAUAUCUUCAAGCAGCCUCACAUUGGUGGUGAAGUGACACCCCAUCAAGACGCCACCUUCCUGCACACGGAACCGUUGGGCAGGGUUGUUGGUCUCUGGAUUGCCCUGGAAAAUGCCACCAAGGAGAAUGGCUGCUUGUGGUUCCUGCCUGGGUCUCACACAAGUGGAAUCUCAAGGCGCAUGGUUCGGACUCCCCCAGGCACAAUACCGUGCACACAAUUCAUUGGCUCUGAGCGGGAGUAUGACAGCAGCCGAUUCAUUCCUGUGCCGAUUGGGAAAGGUGGUCUCGUUCUGAUCCAUGGCGAGGUGGUCCAUAAAAGUGAAGCAAACUGCUCAGAAACCUCUCGCCACGUCUAUACCUUCCAUUUGAUGGAGGCCAAGGGCACAAUCUGGAGCAAAGAGAACUGGCUUCAGCCAACUCUGGAAUUGCCUUUUCCAUCCCUCUAUACACAGAACUAACAAACAAUGGGUUGACCAAAGCAUGCUUCUGAGGCAAUUCCUGGCCAUUGUCUCCCUCUUAAUUUGUUAUUGAAAUCUCAGUUUCUGGCACUGUUUUAUCUUUUGACUUGAGACGGUUAAAGGAGGAAGACGAUUCUCAUUGGGCUUUACCUCCACAACUGCAAGUAACAGAGCUCUGCCAAAACUCUCAAGUACACUGACAGUGCUGAAUAAACAUGAACACUGCUUU